CUCCACUGCAUGCAAUCUGUACUCGCCAUUCAGCGAUUGGUCUAGUUACUUCCGGGAUUCAAAGCCAUUCUCCACGGAUGGAUCUGAGGGACUCCGACAGAUUCGUAGCGCACGAGACAAGUCUGCUCAGGUUAGGCUUUGGGUAAAUUAUCUUCUAGGAAAGAUAUGCAAGCUUUCUAUCCAGCUUCUUAUCCUCGUACAUUACGCUGCGCCUGGGAUUUCCUGCAGGCUUUUUGUUAAACUCCCAGCAAACAGAGCCAUCCUUCGACACAGCCAUGUGCCUUCUCGCUGUCCGUGUGAGUCACAUUCCAAAUUUACUCAAAACGCUAAAACAUGUCUCGAGCAUUCACGAUCACAGUCCCCGCAACCUCAGCCAACAUCGGCCCCGGAUUCGAUGUCGUCGGGCUCUCCCUCUCCCUCCAUCUCACGCUUCGCGUCCAGAUCGCCGCCCCACCCGCAGAUACGUCCCCGGCGUAUGUCCCGCCGGCGCUGGAAUACACAGGCGAGGGCGCCGCCGAGGUCCCGCUCGACGCGUACAAAAACCUCACCACGCGCGUCGCGCUGUACGUCCUCCGCUGCCACGACAUCGCGCGCUUCCCGUCGCACACGCAGAUCCACGUGAACAACGAGAUCCCGUUCGGGCGCGGCCUGGGCUCGUCCGGCGCAGCCGUCAUCGCAGGCGUGCUGCUCGGGAACGAGAUCGGGCAGCUUGGGCUCCCGCGCGAGCGCCUCCUGGAUUUCGCGCUGAUGGUGGAACGCCAUCCGGAUAAUGUCACCGCUGCAUUGGUGGGCGGAUUUGUCGGCUCGUAUUUGAAGGAACUGGACGCGGCCGCGACGGAGGCGGCGAGUGUUCCGCUGAGUGAAGUUCUGCCCGAGUUUCCCCCGGAUGCGGGUGAGGAGUGGGGACUCAACCCACCUGUCCCCCCUCUCGGCAUCGGUCACUUCGUGAGGUUUGGAUGGUCGGAGAGCAUCAAGGCUGUGGCGAUCAUUCCGCGAUUUGAAUUGAGCACGGCCAAGGCGCGAGGAGUGCUUCCCACGGAGUAUUCGAGGAAAGAUCUGGUUUUUAACCUCCAAAGACUGGCGGUACUCACGACAGCGCUGGGACAGUCGCCGCCCGACCCCGAUCUCAUCUACGAGGCAAUGAAGGACCGAGUGCAUCAACCGUAUCGAAAGACUCUCAUACCUGGUCUGCCUGAAGUCACCUCAUCCAUCACACCGAUCACCCAUCCCGGUCUUCUUGGGAUCUGUCUCUCCGGCGCCGGCCCUACCAUCCUCGCUCUCGCGACGCACGGCUUCGAAGCUAUCGCCGAAGACGCGCGGAAGAUCUUCCUGACGAAGGACGUGGAGAUCGAUUGGAAGUUGCUCACGGUGGCGGGAGGCAGCGUUGUCCAACAAGAUUGAAUGUAAAAUUUAGAUACUGACGUUGUAUGAUGCUCGUUGCUCUAAUCGGGCAUGGAAUCGGGAUGCAUCAUUCAAUCUCUCGGCACUACGCUUCUCGACAUGCAGAUCUUCAGAUCAAGGCUAGAUUAGAUAGCGGAUGGCUGUGUACGUAGAUCAUUUCUGGUCGGAGUCACUGGGGCCCAGGCGACCCCCCGACCUUUGUUCGGCCUACUCCCAUUUUGCAUGCAGGCGCCGGAACACAUCAGCGACAUCGAUGCAAAACGACAUGAGUUCUAUGACCAGGCCGGCAGCGAUUACGGAUACGGUCUCGGCAGCGACGCGUUCCAUGCGCUACGGUCGGCAGAAUACCCCAGCCUCCACGGGACCACCUUCCUCGACUACGCGGCAUCUGCGCCAGCCCCUGUUUCGACGAUCCGCGCCCUAGCCGACGCGGUGUCCACGACGCUGUUCUCGAAUCCCCACUCCCGCGCGCCAGCGUCUGUCGCCUCUUCCCUGGAGAUCGAGCAGUGCCGGGGGCGGAUCUUGGAGGAUCUGUUUGGGCUCGACGAGGCGCAACGAGCUGAUUGGGAUGUCGUUUUCACGUCUGGGGCCACCGCCUCGCUCAAGUUGGUGGGUGAGUCGUUCCCGUGGGGGCGCGGAACGAAGUACGUGUACCUCAAAACAAGCCACACGAGCCUUGUCGGGAUACGGGGGUGCGCUCUGGCGUGCGGGGCGGAGGUCCUGCCGGUUAGCGUCGAGGACGUUCCCGUGGAUCUGGCCCCUGCCUCUUUGUUCGCUUACUCUGCGCAGUGCAAUUCCACGGGACAGCGGCUCGGGCUUGGCUAUGCGCAGCGGGUGAAGGAGAGAUGUCCGGACGUGUACCUGCUCGUCGACGCCGCGGCAUAUCUCUCCACUGCUGUCCUCGAUCUCGGAUCUAUACCCAUUGAGACGGCGCCCGACUUUGUAUCUUGCUCUUUCUACAAGAUAUUCGGCUAUCCGACUGGAUUGGGCUGCCUUGUAGUCAAGCGCGCUUCGUCACAUGUCUUACAGCGCCGGGGAUAUUUCGGCGGGGGGACCGUCGAUGGAUUGUCUGUCGAAUCAGCCCAGUGGAUGCAGCCGCGGCGGCCGAUGCUCCCUGGCACGGUGCACGAGAGAUUCGAAGACGGCACUGUCUCUUACUUGAGCAUCGUCGCUCUCGCUCGUGCUCUGGACACCCACAAACGGCUAUACAAGUCACACAGACAUGUCGCCAAGCACGUCAGCUCGCUUGUGCGGUUCGCCACCGGCGAGCUGGCAUCUCUACGCCAUGCGAAUGGGAAACCCGUGGUUCAGCAGCAUCGGUCGUUCGCAGCUGCGGCUGCGUUCUUGGAAGACCCGGGGCCCAUCAUCGGAUUCACUCUACUCGACGACAAGUCAAAGCCAUUGGGACACGUGCAUCUAGAGCAACUGGCGGCUGUGAAUGGAUUCCAGAUCCGCACAGGAGGUCUCUGCAACACAGGUGUGGUUGCUUCGGUCUUCGAUCUCACGGAUAAAGAUCUGAAGGGGGAGAACGAUCGGGGGCGAGCGUGCUGGGAUGAUGAGGAAUUCGGCGGAUUGAAUCGCGAAAAACCGCUUGGUUUGGCCCGCAUAUCUUUCGGUGCUUCGUCGACGAUAGAUGAUGUGUUGCAGUGGAUUUCCUUUGUCCGUCGAUAUUUUGUUAUGUCGACAACCGUCAUUGCCUUGUCGGACCCUGUGGCUGACCCAGAUGCCCUUACCGCCUCCGCCACUUUGGAUACGGCCAUGUUGUAUCCCAUCAAAUCAUGCGGCGGUCAGUCUCUGCAAGGGCGUUGGAAAGUCGUUCCCACGGGGCUGCUCUACGACCGAGAAUGGAUGCUAGUGAACUCCGCGUCGGGGCGGACGCUGUCGCAGAAACAGUAUUCCCGAAUGGCGCUCAUUCGACCCUCCGUUGAUAUCCGAGCUGGUAUCCUACUCGUGCGGGCUCUAGGGAUGCCGGACCUGGCACUGCCGCUGGCACGGUCCGCGGGGGAGAGCGCAGCCGCGGAUACCAAUCUCUGUGCGGAUAUCGUCCCCUCCAGUCCCUCGGAUCCGAAAACAGACGCGUGGUUUAGCGAGUUCCUCGGGAUCAGCUGCAGCCUGCGACGGGUCGCGCUUGGAGCAGAGCGGCACGGGCAUUUCGAGGGCGUCGCGGGCGCAGCGGUACCGAUUCUGCUCUCGAACGAAAGCCCUUUCCUGCUGAUCUCGCGCGCGUCCGUCGACCAGCUCAACGCGUGGAUCGCGCCGGACGACGCGGUCAAGGCGGACUGCUUCCGCGCGAACUUCACGAUCGCGGCGGCGUCGCUGCCUGCGUUCCACGAGGACGGCGUGGAUCUCGUGCGCAUUGGGAAGGAGACGUUCCAGGUGCUGGCGCGCUGCAGGCGGUGCUUGAUGGUCUGCAUCGAUCAGGCCACCGGAAUCCGGACGCGUGAGCCUCUGAGCUGUUUGGCGCGCCGGCGGAAGAAUGCGCGCGGGAAGAUUGAGUUUGGGGUGCACCUCUUGUGGCGGAAAGACCUCAGCACGGGCGAUGGCUGGGUAAACGUGGGUGAUCAGGUCGUCUUGGCCUCUUUGAAGUAG